AUGUCGGAAACAGAUCCAGGCUUUCUCGCAGCCGUGGAAGAAGCCCGGCAAGGGUUCACGGAAGGAGGGGUCCCGAUAGGGGCGUGCCUGGUCUCCAAGGACGGCAAGAUCCUCGGCCGGGGACACAAUAUGCGAGUCCAGAAGGGGAGCGCUACGUUGCAUGGCGAAAUCUCCGCUCUGGAAAACUCGGGUCGUCUUCCGGCCUUGGCCUACGCGGGCGCCACCAUGUACACGACCUUGUCGCCCUGCGACAUGUGUACUGGCGCCUGCAUCCUCUACAAGAUCGCCCGGGUAGUGAUAGGCGAGAACAAGACCUUCGUGGGCGGAGAGGAGUAUCUCAAGGCAAGAGGCGUCGAGGUCGUGGUGUUGGAGAACGCCGAAUGUAUCGGGCUGAUGACGAGGUUUAUCGAGGAGAAACCGCAUGUGUGGAACGAGGAUAUUGGGGAGCAAUGA